AUGCCGGUGGUGUUCGCCACGGGUGCCGCACUCACCACCUACGGCCGCACCACCGAGGAGGAACCCACCACCACCCGCUCCAACAUCGCCAGCGUCCCCACGGCCGAUCUCAUUCGUGCCUACCUCGUCUACACCGUUUGCGGGAUGCCGGCUGUGGUCGACGCCGCGCCUGCCCUUCUCGACGCGUUCUCCAAGUCGCGUAUCCCAGGGGUCGCCGCCGUCACGAACGCUGUGAUCCGCCGCACGUUCUUCUCCCAGUUCGUUGCCGGGGAAGAUCUCCCCGAGACCAUGGAGACAAUUGCACUCAUGAACACGCGCGGUAUCGGCGCUCUCUUGAACUAUGGCGCCGAGGCCGAGCUUGGUGACGGUCUUGCGGACGCCAAGCACGCUCUCCACGAACACAACUAUCGUCAGGACAUGAUGGCCAUUGAGGCCCUUGGCGAGUACGAGCGCCGCUUGGCUGAGGCUGGUGGCAAGACCGGCUCUUCGCAGUUUGCCGUAAAGAUUUCCGGUCUCAUCGACCCCGCCGUCCUGGAGCGUGCCUCGACUACGCUUUGCCGCCUUCGUCCUGUGGCCAACGACCAACCCCAAUCGGCAAGCAUCACCGAGAUCCCCUUCCCUGGUGUUCCCCAGCGUAGCGAUGCGGCGAUUGUUGCACCGCCCGCUAUGGCCAACGCCGUCGUUCCGACGAUCGGAUCUUUCGAACCUCAGGGCAUUCUCGCCACCGACCUGAACGUAACCGACGCGGACAUGGACGAGCUCAAUGCGCUCUGGCGCAAGAUGCGCGCGAUGAGCGCUCUCUCGCGUGACAAGAACGUCAAGCUCCUCAUCGACGCCGAGCACGCCGAGACGCAGCCGGCUAUGGAUGCUCUCACGCUGCUCCUGGCCCAGGAGUUCAACCGUCCGCAGCCGGGCAAGCCGUUCGCUGGCCCCAUCGUCUUCGGCACGUUCCAGAGCUACCUCGCGCGCGCCCCGUACCUCCUCGACAUGAUGAUCGCGGACGCUGAGGCGAACGGGUACGCUUUGGGCGUCAAGCUUGUGCGCGGCGCGUACAAUGUCGCCGACUCGGCGCGCUGGAUCAAGGAGGGCCGCAGCGGCACCAACCCCAUCUGGCCAAACAAGCCCGCGACGGACCGGGCGUACAACACGUCCGUGUCCAAGGUUGUCGAAACGAUGGCGCGCCAGCUGGAUGGGCCGAACCCCGAGCUUGCGCUGUCGGCGGUGUACGCGACGCACAACCCCGAGUCUGUCGAGCACGUUCUGAACGAGCUCGAGCGUACUGGGUUGGUGAAGCGCCAGGUGCCGAAGGGGGCCGAGGGGCACAUGACGGGCGCUGUCGCGCCCCUCGUCUUGCGCGACGAUGUGCGCGGCAAGGUGUUCGUAGCGCAGCUGUACGGCAUGCGCGACGACCUGACCGACAAGGUCGCCGAGACGCUCGACUCGGACGGCCUCCCCGUGGCUCUCAAGUACAUCGCGUACGGCAAGCUUGAGGAGGUACUGCCGUACCUUGCGCGUCGCGCCAUCGAGAACAAGAGCGUCAUGGCCGGCGAGGGCGGUGCCGCCAUGGAGCGCAAGCGCGUCAUGGACGAGCUCUGGCGCCGCUGGUCGGGUGCACCUGUCACCAAGGCAUAG